CCCGUAGUGGCCAGACGGGCUGGGGGACACAGGAUGGAAGAGCUAAUAGGAGUAUCUAACGGGACAUGCGGACGGGCUGAUUUCUUCUAAUAUUACAAGUGCUGUUUGUGUCGGUGUGAGGCCUCGCCAUGCCGCUGGUAAAGAGGAACAUCGAGCCCCGUCACCUCUGCCGAGGGGAGCUCCCCCAGGGCAUCGGCAGCGAGCUGGAGUGUGUGAUGAACAACACGCUCUCUGCCAUCAUCCGUCAGCUCAGCAGCCUGAGUAAACAUGCGGAGGAUAUAUUUGGCGAACUGUUUAAUGAGGCCAACACCUUCUAUGUGCGUGCCAACUCUCUCCAGGACCGCAUCGACCGGCUGGCCGUCAAGGUCACACAGUUGGACUCAACCGUAGAAGAAGUUUCACUACAAGACAUCAACAUGAGGAAAGCCUUCAAGAGCUCCACCACUCAGGACCAGCAGGUGGUGUCCCAGAGCAGUGUGCCCAUUCCUGUCAAAGAGAUGUACAAUCUGAGUGACAAGCCUCCGCCACUCAACAUCCUCUCAUCUUACAGGGAUGACCACAAGGAAGCACUUAAGUUCUAUACGGAUCCCUCCUACUUCUUUGACCUGUGGAAGGAAAAAAUGCUGCAGGACACAGAGGAUAAGAGGAAAGAGAAGAGGAAGCAGAAGGAGCAGAGGCGUUGUGUUGAUGGAACGUUACAGAGGGAGGUGAAGAAGGUCCGGAAGGCUAGGAACCGUCGGCAGGAGUGGAACAUGAUGGCUCUGGAUAAAGAGCUGAGGCCGGACCAUCGACACACCAUACACCGGGACAGAGGUGCUUCCUCUGAGGGCUCGAUGUCACCAGAAAACAGGGGUCACGGUCUUGAUCAGCACCACUACCCCAACAUCAUGAACCAUGCUGGCCACGCCCACACCUACUCCGGCCCGCCGCCAAGCGUCCUGGCUGCCCAGAUGGCUGCAGGGCACGGCCCUCGUGGAGGAGGUGAACAUGAUAUUAGAGGCAGGACCAUGAUGGCCUAUCAGGGUGGGACACUCGGCCGUUCUCACCACCACCAAGCCCCGCUGCCUCCUCCACCCACUGAGGCUAUGAACGGUGGCUCCAUUUCCCUCCCACCAAUGGACUACAGUAUGGAUGGCUAUGCCAACACCGGUCCCCCUCCUCCCCCUCCCGCCCCUCUCAUCCCUUCUGCCCAAACUGCCUUUGCCUUACCUCCUGGAGGUCCAAUGCCUUUUGGGCCAAUGGCCGGCGCUGGUGGCUUCUCUCCGCCUCCACCACCUAUAUGUGGAGCCCAGGCAGCUCCACCUCCCCCUGGUCCUCCACCUCCUCCCCUAUCAGCCGGUGCCUCGCACUCCACAACCCGCAAGAUGUCCUCCGCUGCCCCUGCUGAGACAUCAGCGGUCAAUGAUGCCCGCAGUGAUCUGCUGGCUGCUAUACGUAUGGGCAUCCAGUUGAAGAAGGUGCAGGAGCAGCAGGAGCAGCAGGCUAAGAGGGAGCCAGUUGGGAACGACGUGGCCACCAUUCUGUCGCGACGCAUCGCUGUGGAGUACUCCGACUCUGAGGACGACUCCGAGUUGGAGGAGAACGAUUGGUCGGAUUAACAUACACACACAAAAAAUUGGAUAACCACUGAAGACACA